UGAGAUGCAGCAUCCACAACUGCCGCUGCUUCUUCUAGUCAGACUGCUCAACAAACACACAAGCAAUCCUCUAGCCCAACUAUAUCAACGACAUUUGCUCCAACUGGCUUCACAAAUGCGUCAUCUGGAGCAUGUGCAAGUGUUUCAGCAAUGAUCCGUCAAUCUCCAGAUAAGAUCACAUUUACAUCGACCGCUCUAGAAUGCCUUAAAUCAGUUUCAUUGAAUGUCAAUAGGUCCAUCUCAUUCAUUGGGUUCAUCGAACCUGAUUUACAAUUUCAAAGUACAUUGUCCUACUUAAAGAAUCCGCCUCAGGGAUGGCUUUUCCCAGGGUUCGAUGUCCUGGGUGGGCUGACAGAAAUGAAAGCACUUCUCUUUUCCGGGGAACAUAAAGCUCAGUGGGAUUUUGAAAGGGAUAUCUGGUCUCUAGUCAACAUUCUCCCCCAUGACUUUCAUUUCAAUUUGCUCUUACCACUCAUUAGCUCUGUAUUCAAAUUUGCCGUUUGGGGAGGAUCAUUAGUAUCAGUUUCUUCCCAUGAACUGAGUUUACCAAAAGUUUUCUUCAAAAGUCUGUAUCAAUAUUUGACCUCGAUCGAACCACCAAAGCCAAGAAGGCUACUUUUACAUAAGCAUUGGAAGUGCGGUCACUGCGCAAGUUAA